UUGAAUGCUCUCGGUCUCCCACGGGCUCUUCAGUCUUCAGUCUUCGCCUCUCUCUCUGCCGUCUCCUUCUCUCUCUCUCCCUGGACCGGUUGGAGAGGUGAGGAGAAAUUUUUUCCAGUUAUACGGUGAUUUUGGCUCGUCUAGCUGCCCUUCGUGAUUGCUUUUUUGCGGAGUCGAUGAGGUUCUCCUAAGUUAGCAAUGAAGUGUUUCUCAUUCCUAAAUGGAGUGGUAAAAGAGGAGAUCCAAUUAAGAUUGUCCACUUCACUUCGAUCUAAUAGCACCACAUCAAUUGAUCAUGAUUUUAGAAGAUCAGAAACUGAGUUCAACUCUGGAGAGGUUAUUGGUGUUGACUCCAUGGGAAGGCCCAACUAUCCUAGUUUCUCCCAGAGACCUUGCAAUCUCAGGGUAUUCACAUUUUCAGAACUGAGGAAUGCCACAAGGAAUUUUAGCCGGUCUCUAAUACUGGGGGAAGGUGGGUUUGGAUCGGUUUACAGGGGAACAAUCAAGAGCCUUGAAGAUUCAAAUAUAAAGAUUGAGAUUGCUGUCAAGCAACUAAGUCGCAAGGGACAGCAGGGACAUAAGGAAUGGCUAACUGAAGUUAAUGUUCUUGGGGUGGUUGAGCAUCCAAAUCUUGUUAAAUUAAUAGGUUACUGUGCUGAAGACGAUGAAAGGGGAAUACAACGACUGCUUAUAUAUGAGUAUAUGCCAAAUAGAAGCGUACAACAUCACUUCUCAACUCGGUCUAAGACAACACUUUCUUGGUACAUGAGAUUAAGGAUAGCGCGUGAUGCUGCGUGUGGAUUGGCAUACUUGCACGAGGAAAUGGAUUUCCAGAUUAUAUUCAGAGAUUUAAAGUCGUCCAACAUUCUAUUAGAUGAAGAAUGGAAUGCAAAAUUGUCAGACUUUGGCUUGGCUAGACAAGGACCGACAGAAGGACUAAGUCAUGUUUCAACAGCAGUCGUUGGAACUGUGGGAUAUGCUGCUCCUGAGUACGUGCAAACCGGUCGUCUUACUUCUAAGAGUGACAUAUGGAGCUAUGGAGUUUUCUUAUAUGAACUUAUCACCGGCCGUCCUCCAAUAGAUAGACACCGACCGAAAAGCGAACAAAAGCUCUUAGAAUGGAUCCGACCGUACUUAUCAGACACUAAAAAGUUUCAAAAAAUUGUGGAUCCAAGGCUAGGCGACGAAUACUCAAUGAAGUCUGCGACAAAGCUUGCUUCUGUGGCUAAUAAAUGUCUGCUGCGGCAACCCAAGAACAGGCCUAAAAUGAGUCAAGUGCGGAAGAUGGUCCUAGAAAUUAUGGAAGCCUCAGUAGUCGGAGCACCACAAGUUCCUCUAAAGAAUGCAGAUACAGAACAAGGCGACGGAGGGGCAGCAGAAAACAAAGGCCGGAAGCGAGUCGUGGGGGACUGGAAGUUCAGGGAAGGUGUCCAUUUGGUGUGGAAACGGUGGCGGCCGAAGCUUGUGAGAACUUGUUGAUUGUUAUGAGGAAAACUGUGGUAGGUUGAGAUGCUCCACUGUUAUAGCAUUGCGUUAUGUGUUUUUCAAAUUUCUUGUAAGUGUUCAGUUCAUUAAUGAUCCUCAAUAAUGUACAUGAAUAAUAGAUAAAGAAGCUUUAUGACCAAUUAAAUAAGUUUGAAUUCAGUUCAA